UGUGUAGCUCACAGCCACAAUGUGAGGAAAGGAAACUUCGCCAGGCAACUUCAAUAAGACUUUCUGCUCUAUAACAGCACACGGAUUACAAAGUUAGCCAUGAGGACGUGACUCCAGACGACUUCCCUGGGAGAUUUUCUAAAUAAAAACACAAAUACAAAUCAGAAAAUUGUGGAACGAGUGAGUUCGCGGAGGGAGCGAGUUUUUUUUUUUUUUUUCGCGGGAUCAAUGGCGUUACUAAAGUGAGAAACCGCAAAAAAAGAUAGCUUCCGGCUUUGAAAUCACGCUGCUUGUGAUUCCGAAGCUGUUCCACAUGGAACUAUGAACGAUUCGGAGCUCACGCUGACCUCCAAUGCGCAACAGCGCAUGGCUUCAGGUCUGUCCGGGGAGGAGAGCUCUCUACCCGGCAGCGUGUGCAGACCCGAGCGCAACGGGAUCUUCUUCAUCCACUGCUUCAUCUGUGGGAGCGGGGUGACUCCGGGGAAAGAGCUGAGCUUGCAGGUAAAAUACCAGAGAGAAAAGGAUGGGCCGUUUUUUCCUUUCCUGCAAGGCCAGGACCCGGCUCCAGGCGCGCCGGAGAUCGGUCCGGAUGGGGACGCUCUGGUGUGCGCCGUGUGCCACUGCUUUCUGCGCGAACAGUGGAACUCAUUCGAGCGCAACAGGACACCCAUCGAGAAGCGCAUGUACUGGCUCAAAAGACCCUACCAGUGCGAUUUACGAAACAUUACCUACGAUCUGGAGCGGAGAAUGAGCGCCGGGAAUUAUGACGGCAACGACUCGGACAUUUCCUCGUUCUCUGAUAAUGACCUGUCCGAGCAGGACUUGGACCUGUCAGCGUGUAUAAUAAAUAACAACAGUACUACAGGUUUUCGUGGGUAUAAUAAAGGAUCGAGAGAAAGCAGCAGAAAGAGCGUUAAGAGCAGUCCCGAGUCAGUACGAUAUCCAGCCAGAGUUUACCCAAGUCAGGACAUACCCCAAUCAGAUCGUCGCACGACUAAAAUCAUCAAUCACACAUCGAGCUCAUCUGUGCCCAUGGCUCUGCAGCAGUACGACUGUCGGUCUGUGCGCACCCCUCUUCAGGAUGACGACAUCAUUGCGUGUAGUAAGUGGAUGCACGCAUCUACCGGUGACUCUGACGCGCCUGACAGCUGUGAGAUCAACAUCACCAGCGAUGACGAGAGAGAGCGCGCAGCAUCAUCUCACUUUGAUGUACAAAGGAGCCAAACAGUCAAGAGCCACGCCAGUCUUUCUGCUGAUGAAUGUGCCUGUUACAUUUGUGGAAGCAGGCUUUCAGCAGGUGGCCGCUUCAAGGUGUUUGUACAGAAGCAGGAGAGAGCAUCCAGUGAACCCUUCUUUCCUUUUCUGUGGCUCCACACCCCUCCAGCAGGUGCUGUGCCCCUGAGCCUAGGAGGAUACACUUUGGUGUGUACCACUUGCCACUCUUCCCUCAUGCAACAGUGGCAAGGGUUUGAGCUGGCAGAUGUGCCUGUCCUCCAGCGACUCUAUGUAGUACCUCUGAACACGAGUGCGGCAACCCCUCUUUCUCCACCUGCCAUAAGUGAAUGUGUAGAUGGGCUUCCAAAAGUUCACCCGCUCCCCUCUGUGCCACAGAAUAAUAGGGAGGCUUGCUACCUGUGUGGGCAGGACUGCAGUCGAGAGGUCAGGAUGGCGUACACCCAUGCUGGUGCAAGUAAAUCCCGCAGUGCAAUGUAUUUUCCAUUCAUAAACCUGCUACCGUGCCCCCCGAAGGCUCAGAAUGUGAGGAAUGGAAGGGUACGCUGCUGUGUGGCGUGUCACAGCAUCUUAGAGAGGAUAUGGGCAGAGUACUGCCUCUGUCUAAGUGAGGAGCUCAUUAUGUCCGUCAACACUUUUCUUGAGAGAUACCACCUGGCCACGGGAAGAGGAGAAGCCUUGGUAUCCCCCUCCAAAAGACCCCUGUUGACCCCAUCUCAGACUUCCACAACAACCACAAGCCACACCUCCAUAUGUUACUUGUGUGGGGAGGAGCUCUCUGGAGCAACAGAGUACCAGCUUCACGUUAACCCUCCAGGGCGUUGUGGAGAGCGGGAACCCUUUUUCCCAUUUCUCACAGUCCACCCUCCCGCUCCCCGUGCCCGCCCUGCUGAUGCCACGGGCCUAGUGUCUGCCUGUGCACUGUGCUACCAUGACCUUAUGGGCCAGUGGUCCCAACAUGAGAGUCAAGGCUCAGGAUCAGGCCCGUCCAGCAGCCCCUGGGCACGCCAGUAUAACUGCAACACUUUCAUCUGCUUCUUCUGCAGGAAAGAGAAGAAGAGACCUCUUGGGCUGAAAGCGGUGUGUGUUGAUCGCUUGCCUGUGUUUCUCUAUGCUCCGAGAGUCAGCCAGACCCUGGUAAUUGACAAUGGCAAGCAGUUAACAAUUGGCUCCUGUGUGGAAUGUAAGUCCAUGGUUCUGGCUGGACAGAACAUGAAGCCGGUCAGUGGAAUUGCACAACACAAGGGUUUGGUGGUGGAGGAUUCAGCCGGCAGCAGUAAGGAUGCCCACAGCAGGCCACCAGUAGUCUCUUUGGCAGAGUUGUCAGAGCAGGACCACACUACAUCACUUGAACCCAGACUGACCUCUGCCACAUCGUCCCUCUGCAGCCUGAAAGUGGAGAAAACAGACAGCUCAGCUCCUGGCAUGAGCCAUGAGCCAAAGUCACCAUCGUUAGGCAUGAUUUCAACGGCGACCCGCACCACGGCGACCGUCAGUCCCCUCACCCCGUCUCCCCUCAACGGUUCUAUUGUGCCCAAUGUCAGUCCUGCCUCUCAGUCCGCCCACUCGGGAUUCGCUGCUGCCCUCCGCAAGCUGGCCAAGCAGGCAGAGGAACCCCGAGCAGGAUCUUCCAUCAGCAGCGAGUCAUCUCCUGUCUCAUCACCGGCCACCAACCACAGCUCUCCAGUCAGUACGCCCAAACGAGGGCCCAUGGGUCCAGUUAUAGUGCCUCCUGGGGGCCACAGUGUACCCAGUACCCCACCUGUGGUCACCAUAGCCCCCACCAAAACCGUCAACGGCCUGUGGAGGAGUGAAAGCCGGUCUGUACGAGAGGUUGAAUCAGUUCCACAUGGAGUCAGUAGGGACAGGUUAAGUUCAGAGGUUGCUUCUGCCCAAGAAAAGGGGGGUCCAACUGUCCCGGCACACCUAAUUGGAAACCAUUACCCAUUUGGCUUGACGCCUGCAUCUGUGAUGCAAGACUCGCGCUUUCAACCACUUAACCUGCCCCGUCAGAUGCCCCAUGCAGUGCCCGCGGCCAGUGUUCCUGAGGAAUAUUUGAGAGGGUUUCGUCCUUAUGCCACGGCUGAGGAGCUCCGCAUGCCCUCCUUGCCUUUGGGGCUUGAUCCUGCCACUGCUGCAGCUGCUGCUGCCUACUACCACCCUGGAUAUCUGCCCCAUCCCUCCUUCUCUCACUACAGAAUGGACGAUCCAUUCUGUCUAUCAGCGCUGAGGUCGCCAUUCUAUCAACUGCCUGCAGGAGGUGCUUUACCUCCUCUGCACCCCUCUGCAGUACACAUGCACCUGCCUGGGGUGCGUUACCCUGGAGACCUAAGCCACCCCUCGCUGUCCAGCCUACAAUCUGAGCGCUUGUCUGAAAGACUCCAGAUGGAGGAUGAGCUGCGACAGAGAGAAAGAGAGCGGGAGCGGGAGCGGGAGCAAGAGCGAGAGAAAGAGAGAGAACGAGAAGCCGAGCGAGAAAAGGAGCGUGAACGAGAGAGGGAGCGAGAGAAGGAGCUUGAGCGUGAGAGGGAGAGAGAGAGGGAGCGAGAGAGGGAGAAAGAGAGAGAGCGUGAGAGGGAGAUGGAGCGACAGAAGGAGAGGGCAGCACGAGAGAAAGCUGCAGAGAGCCAUUAUCUGACUGAGCUUCACGGGCUGAGAGGACCACCAGACGACAGAGCCAAACCCGACAGAAUCACUAGCAACAGACCUGAAAAAACCAAAGAGUCCAUUCUUACAACUCCUAAACCCAUCCAGCCUGGAAUUCACCAGUCUCUGAACUCCACCCACCACCCUGUGCCCAGUCUCUCCUCUGCUCAUGGUUUGUAUCUGGGCCCUGGAGGGGCAGGACCCGCCAGUUUGACGGUGGCCACAAUGCUACAGCGUACUGAGGAAGAGCGCUGGUUGGCCCGGCAACGGAAGCUACGGCAAGAGAAGGAAGACAGGCAGUACCAAGUGUCAGAGUUCCGUCAGCAGGUCCUAGAGCAGCACCUGGACCUGGGCAGACAGGGGGAAAUUCCAGACAUGAAUGUAGAAGGACACAGACCUGUACCAAACCAUCAUGAUCCUAGCAACAGAGAUCGUGACCGAGACUCUCAUCCGCUCCUGGGAGCUCCGCCCCCUCUCAUCUCCCCCAAACAUCAGCAUAAAGACCAUGCGCCGCCACCACCAACCACGCUCUGGAACCCUGCAGCACUCAUCGAGACCUCCACUGACUCUAGACGCACCAUGCAUGACCCUCCGAGUCUAGGUCAUUACGAUAUCAGCCGGCUUCCUUUGCCCCCCUCCAAACAUGAGCGCCAUUACAACUCUGAAAAGCUGGAAGAAGGAUCUCGGAAGAGAGACAGUCUGGAUAAAUACCCCCUUAUUCGACCAAGUGGAUUCUCUGAGCCAAACACUUUCCUCGCAGAGCUGGAAAAAUCCACCCAGAGCUUCCUGAACCAACAGAGGGCGCCACUGAGUCUGUCAGGGCCCUACGGAGAGCUGAGCGCUGGUUUUAAGUCCAGCGGGCCUUUAAAGAGCCUUCAGGGGCAUUCACGCCUUGCGCCGGAUACAACGUUAGUGUAUGACGAGUUCCUGCAGCAGCACAGACGAGCAGUCAGCAAACUUGACCUAGAGGAGAGAAGACGCAGGGAAGCCAGAGAGAAAGGUUAUUACUAUGAGCUGGAUGACUCCUAUGAUGAGAGUGACGAGGAAGAGGUGCGAGCUCAUCUCCGGAGGGUUUCUGAACAGCCACCACUCAAGCUGGAUGAUUCCACAGAGAAAGUGGAGUUUUUAGAGAUGUUUGACCUGACUACCCUGGCCCACCGAGAGGAGAUGAUGGAGGUGAAAAGGAAAAAAAGGAGGCGCAUGCUAAGAGAGAGGAGUCCCUCCCCACCAGCUGUGCAGAACAAGCGGCCCACUCCUACACCCCUUCUAACCCGUUUCACUCCAGAGGACAUGAACAACAGCCCAGAGCUGGAAGACAAGAAACGCUUCCUUACCAUCUUCAGCCUCAACCACAUCACACAGCAGCAGAGAAGAGAUAACGAGAGGGUUGAGGAGUUGUUGCAGGCCAUAAAACAGAAGAGUGUGACUCUAGACACCAUCAGACACAACCCUCACCCACUUUGCAGGAGUCCUGCAGCCCAUAGCUCAGACCAGUCAUCUCAGUCUCCAGUCCAGUCUGAAGAACUGCUGAAUGGAUGGCCGCUCAGUCCAUCACCGUCUGUGUCCAUUCCCCUGCCUCCAGCAGACCCUCUCCCCAUCUCGGAUCAGCACAGACCUCUCUCAGAACCCCCUAAACCUAAAGACUCUUCCUUGCCUCCUGCAUUACCUGACAAAUGUCGAGCCAAUGACAGCCUCCAUGGCAAGAGCUCUAGUCUGCUGAAUAGUCUCCGACAGCCCCCAUUCUCUAAAGAGAGUUCUGUCAGUGUCAAUGGAAAGACUAAACCCUGGGAGAACUUCAUUGCUGAGGAGUUUGCCCAGCAGUUCCAUGAAUCUGUCCUGCAGUCCACACAAAAAGCACUGCAGAAGAGUAAAGGUGGUGCCUUGGUUGUAUCAGAACAAAACCAUGCAGUGGACUCAUCCGUGCAUUAUAACAUUCCUGAGCUCCAGAGCACACCAGGUCGCUCCAAACCCCACCCUCAUCCUCCCUCAUCUCAGCCCAACGGACAGCACUGCCCCCCUCAGCCCUCCCACCAGGAGCUUUCUGCAGAGGAGUCUGAGGAAGAAGAAGAGGAAGACGACACUGAGGAGGAUGAGCCCUCGACGUCCAGAUGGCAGGGCAUUGAAGCCAUCUUUGAAGCUUAUCAAGAGUAUGCAGAAGAGCAAAGCAUUGAGCGACAGGUUCUUCACAGUCAGUGCAGACGACUGGAGGCGCAUCACUAUAAUCUCAGUCUAACCGCUGAACAGCUCUCACACUCAAUGGGGGAGCUGAUGGCUCAGAAGCAGAAGCUGGCAGCAGAGCGGGAGAACCUGCAGGCAGAACUGGAGCACUUUAAGAAGUGUUUGACGCUGCCACAGAGCCCCUGGUCUAGGGCUCACUUUAAGGGCUACCCACCCAGGUGACACCCUAUGGGACCACUGACCACCCC